AAGGGACGGAUAUAUUUAGACAGUUAUUACAAAGAUAUAGACCGCAAACCUCUCUGGACACAAUUAAGCCAAUAAUGCAAUCGAUACGGUCUUUCCUGAGGGGCCUGUGCCGCAGAAAGCCCCUGGAACCGGAGGGAGAGGUCUCCACUUUUCGUCGCUGUCUUACAACUUUAGAUCUAGUGGCUUUGGGAGUGGGCAGCACCUUGGGGGCCGGUGUUUACGUGCUCUCUGGAGAGGUGGCCCGGACCCUGGCUGGACCAAGUAUUAUCAUCUCCUUCUUCAUUGCUGCUUUAGCUUCUACCUUUGCUGGGCUCUGCUACGCUGAAUUUGGCGCAAGGGUUCCUAAGACCGGCUCUGCCUAUCUGUACAGCUACGUGACUGUAGGAGAGGUGUGGGCCUUCACCACGGGAUGGAAUUUACUACUGUCUUAUGUCAUCGGCACAUCAAGUGUGGCCAGGGCAUGGAGUGGCACAUUCGAUGAUCUUAUUGGAAAUGCGAUGGCUAAUUAUUUUAGCAAAUACGUAGCCAUGGACCUGCCUGGCCUGGCAGCCUACCCAGACUUCUUUGCAGCUGGUCUCAUAAUGAUUCUCUCUGGUCUUCUUGCAUAUGGCGUGAAAGAAUCAACCACGGUCAACAAGAUAUUUACAAGUGUUAAUAUACUGGUGUUGGUAUUUGUCAUCAUCGCUGGCUUCAUCAAGGGAAACCUACAGAACUGGUUUAUCACUGAAGACAUCAUCCUGAAUGCAACAGCAAUGCAUGAAAACCUAACAUCCACCGUCAAUGUCACCACUGAGUACGGAAUAGGUGGAUUUUUCCCAUUUGGAUUUGAAGGAACACUGACAGGAGCAGCCACAUGUUUCUAUGCAUUUGUUGGCUUUGACUGCAUUGCAACUACAGGUGAGGAGGUGAAGAACCCUCAGAAGUCUAUACCUGUGGGUAUCGUGGUGUCUCUGCUCAUCUGUUUCCUGGCGUACUUUGGCGUUUCGGCUGCUCUCACUUUGAUGAUGCCGUACUACCGACUCAGCGUUCAGAGUCCUUUGCCUGUGGCCUUUGCUUACAUUGGCUGGGCUGCUGCAAAGUACGUUGUGGCAGUCGGGUCCCUGUGCGCUCUGUCAACAAGUCUCUUGGGGUCCAUGUUCCCAAUGCCCCGUGUCCUGUUUGCCAUGGCCAGAGAUGGACUCAUGUUCAAAUCAUUGUAUAAAGUCAGCUUACGGCAGAGUCCAGUGGUGGCCACACUAUCCUCUGGCACUGUAGCAGCAAUAAUGGCUCUUUUAUUUGACCUGAAGGCAUUGGUUGAUAUGAUGUCGAUUGGAACGCUCUUCUCCUACACACUUGUGGCUAUUUGUAUUCUCAUACUAAGGUAUCAAGAGACUGCUUCAGAGGAAAGUGAUUUGCACACACCCACAACUUCGACGUUUGGGUUUUUGAAACCCCCUUCAUACCCUACCAAUGAAACUUCAAACACUGUUACAACAUGCACAGUUUUUCUUGUUGUGUUGGUGCUUAUUCUGUCACUGCUGAUGAGCAAAGCUAUCAGAUCUUUGUUGUUUCUGGAGAUCUGGAGUGUUGUGAGUGUAACUGUGAUCCUGAUCAUAAUGUUACUCACGGUCUUCAUUAUCUGGAGGCAACCCCAAAACCCAACCAAAGCCUCCUUCAUGGUACCGUUCUUGCCUUUACUCCCUGUGGUGAGUGUGUUCAUCAACAUUUACUUGAUGGUUCAACUGGGAGGAGACACAUGGAUUCGUUAUGCUGUGUGGAUGGCUGGGGGAUUCCUUAUCUACUUUGGAUAUGGAGUGAGGAACAGCAUCCAGAGGCAAAGGUUACUCAGCAGUCAGGUCACCAUUGAAACCAUUGAAACCAAAUCUGAUAAAGAAGGAUCCAAAUAAAUUGAUGACCUACAGAAAAAUCCUUUGCACCAGUCAUAUCUCUCAAGUAGAUGCCAGUUCAGCAAGAAGCUCUUUCUAG